GAAUGGAUUCCCAAAGGUCCGGAAUGGAUCCUUGGCAUCAGGAAUGGAUUUCAGGGUCAGGAAUGGAUUCCCAGAGUCUGGAAUGGAUUUGAAGGGUCUGGAAUGGAUUCCCAAUGGUCUGGAAUGGAUUCCCAAAGGUCCAGAAUGGAUUCCCAAAGGUCAGGAAUGGAUUCCCAGAGUCUGGAAUGGAUUUUGGGGUCAGGAAUGGAUUCCCAAUGGUCUGGGGUGGAUUCCCGAGGGUCUGGAAUGGAUUCCCAAUAGUCUGGAAUGGAUUUGAAGGGUCCGGAAUGGAUUCCCAAUGGUCUGGAAUGGAUUUCGGGGUCAGGAAUGGAUUCCCAGAGUCUGGAAUGGAUUCUGGGGCCAGGAAUGGAUUCCCGAGGGUCAGGAAUGGAUUCCCAGAGUCUGGAAUGGAUUUCAGGGUCUGGAAUGGAUUUGGGGGGUCCGGAAUGGAUUUCAGGGUCAGCAAUGGAUUCCCAAGGGUCCGGAAUGGAUUCCCGAGGGUCAGGAAUGGAUUCCCAAAGGUCCGGAAUGGAUUCCCAAAGGUCCGGAAUGGAUUUCAGGGUCAGGAAUGGAUUCCCAAAGGUCCAGAAUGGAUUCCCAAUGGUCAGGAAUGGAUUUUGGGUGGUCAGGAAUGGAUUCCCAGAGUCUGGAAUGGAUUUUGGGGUAAGGAAUGGAUUCCCAAAGGUCCGGAAUGGAUUUUGGGUGGUCAGGAAUGGAUUUGGGGGUCCGGAAUGGAUUCCCAAAGGUCCGGAAUGGAUUUUGGGGGGUCAGGAAUGGAUUCCCAAAGGUCCGGAAUGGAUUCCCGUGGGUCAGGAAUGGAUUCCUGUGGGUCAGGAAUGGAUUUGGGGGGUCCGGAAUGGAUUUUGGGAGUCAGGAAUGGAUUCCCAAAGGUCCGGAAUGGAUUUUGGGUGGUCAGGAAUGGAUUUGGGGGUCUGGAAUGGAUUCCCAAAGGUCUGGAAUGGAUUUUGGGUGGUCAGGAAUGGAUUCCCAAAUGUCCGGAAUGGAUUUUGGGUGGUCAGGAAUGGAUUCCCAAAGGUCCGGAAUGGAUUCCCAAAGGUCCGGAAUGGAUUCCUGAGGGUCUGGAAUGGAUUCCCAAAGGUCCGGAAUGGAUUUUGGGUGGUAGGAAUGGAUUUGGGGGUCCGGAAUGGAUUCUUGAGGGUCAGGAAUGGAUUCCCAAAGGUCCGGAAUGGAUUUGGGGGUCAGAAAUGGAUUCCCAAAGGUCCGGAAUGGAUUUUGGGGUCAGGAAUGGAUUCCUGUGGGUCAGGAGUGGAUUCCCAAAGGUCCAGAAUGGAUUCCCGAGGGUCUGGAAUGGAUUCCCAAAGGUCCGGAUGGAUUUUGGGGGGGUCAGGAUUGGAUUUGGGGGUCCGGAAUGGAUUUUGGGGAUCAGGAAUGGAUUUGGGGGUCCGGAAUGGAUUCCCAAAGGUCCGGAAUGGAUUUUGGGGGGUCAGGAAUGGAUUCCCAGGGUCGGGGGUUCCCCCACAGCUCCAUGGCCACGGGGACGCCCCCUCGAGUCCUUUCCCCUCCUGUCCCGGUUCCGGAAGGUUCCCGGUUCCAAAGGGCUCCAGUUCAGAAGGGUCCAACCCAGAAGGGUCCCGGUUCUGGAAAGGUCCCGGUUCUGGCUCCGGAAGGGUCCCAGUUCUGGAAGGUUCCAGGUUCUGGAAUGGUCCCGGUUCCAGAGGGUUCUGGAAGGUUCCUGGUCCCAGUUCUGACUCUAGAAAGGUCCCAGUUCCGGUGGUUUCCUGGUUCCAGUCCUGGUUCCGGUUCCAGUUUCAGUCCCGGUUCUGGAGGGCUCCGGUUCCAGUUAGUGUCCCAGUUCCAGUCCUGGUUUUGUUGUUUCUCAGUCCCAGUUCUGGUCCCGGUUCCAGUUCCAGAAAUUUCCCUGUUCUGGAGUUCUCCUGGUCCAGGUCCUGGUUCUGAUCCCGGUUCCAGAUCCGGUUCUGGACCCAGUUCCAGUCCUGGUUUUGUUGUUUCCCAGUCCUGGUUCUGGUCCCAAUUCCGGUUCCGGUUCCGGUCUCAGUUCAGGUUCCAGUUCCAGUUCCAGUCCUGGUUCUGGAAGUUUCCCUAUCCCGGUUCAGGUCCAGUUCCGGUUCCGGAACUUUCCCAGUCCCAGUUUC